CAGUCGAGUGUACUGUAGUCAGUGCGUAUGCUAAAUGUUUCGGCUGUACUGUGGUGCAAAAUCUCCGCUGAAGCUGGUGUUUUUAACCGGCAGAAAUAUGUCGAUAGCGCCCACUGACCGUGGACCGGCGGGCGGUGACCAAAGCACCGACAACAGGUCGAUUCACUCGGACACCGUGGAGGAGGUCCAUAACAUCCCGAUGCAGGUCAUCAUCAGACCAUUUCCUCCAGUGCUGGACGAGCAGAAAGUCCAGAGCCUGAUGGACACAAUAAGGGAGACGGCAGACAUCAGCGUUGUUCCUCCUAUUGAUGUGCUCUGGAUCAAAGGCAGCGAGGGAGGAAAUUACUACUACUCCUUUGGAGGCUGUCACAGGUUUGCUGCCUAUCAGAGGUUGAACAUGCAGACCAUUCCAGCAAAGAUCAUCAAAUCUAACAUCUCAGACCUAAGCACUUACUUGGGGGCUUCAACGCCUGAUCUGCGGUGAUGCUGGAGCAGUUUGGAGCUUUCCACCCCACCCGCGCUUCAAAUGUACUUGCCUCAGGUGGAUCAUACAUAAUAUGGCUGUAACUCUCCUGUUGGUGACUGCAGAGCAAAGGCUUUGCCAGCAGGGGGAAAUGUAGCUCUUUAGUUAAAUAUGUUACAUUUUGUCAUUUGAAACAGCUUAAAUGUAUGCAUGUUAAUCAUGUGAUAGCUUUAAUGUUGCCAAAUACCAUCUGCACAUACAAAUUUAACAGUUUUCUUAAAGUUCUUUAUUUAAAAAAUAUGAUGGCUGAGACUGGGCUAAGAUAAGUUGUUUUUUUUUUUGUUUUUUUAACUUAAAUCGACUUAUAGUGUGAAAGUAUGAAAGAGAAAAUGAAUUUUGCACAUCUUCAUCUUGGCUAUAAAAUGAAACCUUAGCAUCGAGCCCAAUAACAAUAGACAAAAGUGAGAGUGUCAGUCAUCUUACUUCAUGUAAGGAGAAAGGCGAGAUGAGCUGUCAGAGAAAACGAGGUACCAACUAUUCCAUAAACCCAAUUUUAAAAGUAUAACCCUAUAUAAAAUUAUUUACAACAAGCUCUCAGUUUUGCUGGUUUUAUUGGUGAUCGAGGAAUAAAUAUUACAACUAAUUUACCUACAUUUAUUAAUGAUUCAUUUUUGAAAAAGAAAUAAACACUAGUCUUAAAUUAAAUGAACCUUUUAUCCAUUUGCUUUUUUUCCAGUCUGCAUUCUCAGCUGUUUGCUAAUAUCAUAAAGAUGAUGUGAAGAAGAUUGUUAUAAUAUCAAACUUCUUAAAAAGUGACAUAAACAAAGACAUGCUACAUAUCUAUAUGAUUCAACGCUGCAAAAAUUGUAAAGAGAAUACGACUUGCAUCUAUUUUUUUAAAGCAUGUAGAGCCCCUAUUUUCUCUUUUCCAUCAUCCUCUAUGGUGUCACAACUAUAUAAUGCCAGUUACUCAUUAUUUUGAUGCUAGUUGUCUGUGGAUGCUCAAGUGCAAGUAGUGGAUCAGCUCAACCCCGUCAGCCUUUUAAGUGAUGAAGCAGUUGUUUCAGCAGUGUGUUUAUUCUGUAAACAUAAUCGAGUAACCCCCCCCCGUGGAAGAUGGUUGGAGAUGAUCAGGUGUUUUCACAGCAGACAUUUUUACUUGUCAAAGUUGGGAAAAGCACAGCUGUUGCUGAUAAAAUGAACAACUUCUCAUUUCUGUCGAAGCGCUCCUGUGACAGCGAGCCAGCCUGCACAGCGCGGUAGCAGAAAGAGAAGCAGUCAAACUGAAUUCAGCUAUCAUUAAUUUUUUUUUGCUUACAAAAAACAGCCUGUUGUAUCCACCAGUGGCUUUUCUUCAAAUUCACCUCUUGAGGUGCUUCUGAGUACUGAGGAAGAUUUAAAUACACCUUCCCUGUCGCUGGUUGAAGUUAUUUUUGUCUGAAUUGUAUUAGAAGGUCCCCGUGGAUCUAGUUAUAAUUUUAGAAUCAAAUGGCCGACUUUAUGUUGCAGCUGCAUAUUUUCUUUUCAAUAACUAAGAGACAAUUUCUGCAAACUGCUGUUUUUCCGUUUUUUAUAAAUCCCUGUAGCUCUGGUGUCACACAACCCUGCAGUUUUUCAGUCAUAUUCACCCACGUUGUUCAUGCACAGUCAACUUUGAUUUUGAUGUUCCAGACAGCAUAAGACAACGAGUUAAUAGAAAGGAGCCUAUAGACCAGAUGGCUUGCCGAAGGAGUGAGGUGUUAUGAGAACAUCAAGCUGACAAAAUGCAAGAUGUUAAGUCUUGCUGAAUCUGCUCAUUGUGCUUGCCGUCAGUCUGUCUCUUUCUGUUGUUUCAAAGUGAUCCCCAGUGUAACCGUCCAGAUUGUGUUUUGACAAAGAAAGCGGAGGAUCCUUCAUUGUACUGGUCAGCUCGUAUCAAAUACUUUAACCAAGGCGAUCUCAGAUGCAUAUGAAAAAUACCCUGAUUAGUUGCUCGCUCUUCAGGCUAUGGUUCAGACUACAAAUGUUUCUUUCUUGCCGUACCUCACAUAAAUAAAUGCACACCUCUUUUACGCAGCCUUGUUUAUUGUUGUCGCUGACCUUGAGGCAGGCCUUGCUUACUAAAUCAAGCCAGACAGCAGUUCCUUUGCCUCAGUCUUAGAGGAAGGAACUGUCGUCUUACAGAAUAAUAUAAGUACGCUAUACAUUGAGUUGUGGCCUUUCCAACAUCAGCUGAGAGCAACCUGCUGAUCUCCCUUUGUGGCCAUCGAGGAAGUGAAGGGAGAACCGGGGCAGCUUUUACCGAGCGGCCCCUAAAGGACUCUAAAUUUCACCUUUGAAUUGUCGCGUGUGAGAAGAUUUCCUGUGGCUCCCUCACUGUCUGGAAGUAACCGUAUCCUCAAAGGGGUUUUGACACGCAAUACUGGUAUGAAAAAAUACAUUGCACCUGUUGCUUCAGGGGAGCGGUUUCCAUGGGUGGUUCUGCACACUUUAUCUUUGAGGAUUUAAACAGAUCAAGGGGAUUUGAGGGUUAAGAAGAGGAACUGUUUGAGGCAAAUGGAUGGAUUCUAACACACACACACAACUCACAAACGAAUCAGAUUUGUGGUUUUUGUUUUUGGGAGAGGUGGUUGGUGACGUUCUUGCCAAUUGUUUGCCCAACUUGUGUUUCAGCCAAUUUCCUGUUUCCGGGCUUAAUCACAUGUAGAAGGCUGUCAUUAUUCAGAAAGAGAGAGAGAGAAACGCCUACAGUUUAUGAUUAUUUUAAGAGCCUGCUCCUGUACCUGAGGAAAUAAUUUUAUUGAUUAAAACAGUGCAACACAUUGAUCAAUAAAACAUUAUGUGACCACAGCAGCGUGACGAGGCACCAGGAUAGCACACGCAUAAAUUGAGGCUACGCCACUUCCAUAGACUGGAUUUCCAUUUCUCAUUUACCUUUUGGCUGUUUGCUGUUGUAUUGCUUUUACUGGUAUUUACUUCAUGUUUACAAGCCUUUUAUUUGGUGAUGCUUUUUUGCACUGAACAGGGUUUGAUGUAGUUACAAAUAUUUAAAAAAAAGAAACACCGAAACAAAUACACAGAAGUGGACAAAUGAAACAAAAACAGGCUAUUUUUGUAUCAAACAUCAGCAUGAAUAAUAAUGGAAGACUAUAAAACAAAAUUGACUGAUAUUAAAAAUUAUGUUUUUUGAUGUGCACACUUAUAAAAUAGUUCUGACAGUAUCUUAACUGUCUUUCCCUUUUUUGUGCUAUUUUGGGGGAACCCAUGCAGAUUGUGGGGCUCUAAGCAAUAACUUUGAUAAUAAGGAGGUUAGGAAGAGUUAAUAAACAUGUUGGACUUUAAAAGCUCUAUUCACAUUAAAAGCACUAAUUAAGGAAAAGGUCAUUAGAUGAGUAUCUUGUUUAUGUAGCUGUUAGAGUGGCUUCUGAUUAAAAAAAAAUUAAAAGGGUUAGACUUCAGUAAUGAAUGGCUUUUGAACCUUUUCUGAUUACAGUAGGCUUUGUGUCUGCAACACAUAGACAUCAAAUAUCUUGGAUUCAGUAAAAAAAAACAACCAAAAAACACACACUAAAAAUCAGAACAUGUCUUUCAUCUUCACUUUGUUUUGGUCAUAUCUGCUGGAAAAGAACUGGAGUAUCAUCUUCACUUCAGCAUCCAAAUCCUAUUGAAAAACAUUUCUAUCAUUGUUGAAAUUAUAUGCCUGUAAUGGUAUAGAACUGUAUGAAUUAAAAUGAUGCAAUUUUCUACAAUACUAACCAGCUUAUUGUUGUGUCAGAU